AUGGCAGACACCACCAUCAAACCCUUCACCAUCUCCAUUCCCGACUCUGCUCUAUCUGACCUGAAGACUCGUCUCUCUCUCGCCCGGUUCCCCGACGAGAUCGACUCCGCCGGCUGGGACUAUGGGGCGCCGCUGGCCGACGUGCAGCGUCUGACCAAGUACUGGAAAGACAAGCACGACUGGCGCGCCGCGGAGCAGGAACUGAACAAGAUGCCGCAAUUCACGACCUCGAUCGCGGUGACCGCCCACGACAGCAUCCAGGUGCAUUUCAUCCACCAGCGCUCGACCAACCCGCACGCCAUCCCGCUCUUGUUCGUGCACGGCUGGCCCGGCAGUUUCAUCGAAGCCAGCAAGAUCUGGGAGAAGCUGGCGAAUCCAGACACCGAUCCAGCAGACCCAGCAGGGGCAGCAGCACCCGCAUUCCACUUCGUCGCGCCAUCCCUACCCAACUUCGGAUUCAGCCAGGGGUCACGCAAACGCGGAUUCGCGCUCGCCCAAUACGCCGAGACAUGCCACUCGCUGAUGCAGCGGCUGGGCUACGACGAAUAUGUCACCCAGGGCGGCGACUGGGGGUGCUACAUCACGCGGGCCAUCAGCCUGCUGUACCCUGCACACUGCAAGGCGACGCACAUCAACAUGGACCAAGGCGCGGCGCCGUCGUUUGCGACGCACCCCAGACUGGCCCUGCAGCAUGCAGUGCGGCCGUACAGCGAGGACGAAAAGACCGGGCUGGCGCGCACAAAGUGGUUCCUCGAACAAGGCUCGGGUUACCGCGCCCAACAGAGCACCAAGCCCCAGACCCUCGGGUACGCGUUGGCCGAUAGUCCGGUGGGCCUGCUGGCGUGGAUCUAUGAGAAACUGCACGACUGGACGGACAGUUACCCGUGGACGGACGACGAAGUGUGUACGUGGAUCUCGAUCUACUGGUUCAGCACCAUGGGCCCGGCGGCCAGUUUGCGCAUCUACUACGAAGCCACGCAUGACUGGGACGAUCCGGCCACCCGCGUCACCAGGGACCGCACCAGAGAGUAUAUCGGCGGAGGGGUGAAGUUGGGUUUGACGCACUCGCCGAAGGAGUUGAGGGUUCUGCCGUCGGUGUGGACCCGGACACAGGGCGACGUGGUGUUUGAGAGAUCUUACGAUUCUGGUGGCCAUUUCUUCGCCUACGAGAGGCCGGACCAUUUGAUUCGCGAUGUCAGGGAUAUGUUUGGUAAAACUGGUGGAGCUGCGGGUGUGGUGAAGGGACUGACUGGGUAUUGA